CAUAGGAAACGUACCUUACGAUAGGUACGUAGGAAUGGUAUGAUCCUUCAUUCCUUUCUUUGGAGCUUCGUAUCGUAUCGUACAUAUACUUCCAAUACAGUACGUACGUAUCCGUUGCACAUACAGUAGUUGUUUGCUACGUCACACAAACCGAUAUAAUGGUGUUUUAAGUUUCMUGCGUGCACGAAAACAAAUUCCCGCGCGUGUUUUUCUAUGCUCAAAUUAGAAUCUCACGGCCCUUUUCAAACAACGCAUGGGUGAAGGGAUGUAGGGUCCAAGGAUACUAAUUUUCGGGCAUAGACCAUGAAGUUCGAUGGAUAAGGGGAUAGAUGAGAGUGUGAUUGAGAAAACAUGUUCCCAGAACCAGGAAUAAAAUUAGAUGUUCGAUAUAUUAAUUUGUAAUUCAUAAACUAAUGGUAGGACCAGAAAUUUUAAGGGUAUAGACCGCGCGAAAUGCGCAACACCAUGGAUCCCGUUUGUGUGACGUAGUACUAGUACGAAUAUCAAUCGGCAGGAGGAAUGCAAAUACUACUAGUAGUAGCAUAUCUAUAUGUUGAUGAAAGUACUAGUACUGUACUACAACAACAAAGUGAACGGAGGGUAACGAGAAAGCAACAGCACUCGAACCACCACCAUCGCCAUCGCCACCAAGGAUGAGAAGACGAACCAAAAGCACUACUGCUACGAGUAAUAGUAAUAUAAGAAUGCCAAAGGACACCGCCGAGAAGCAAGCAAGCCAAGACUGCCAUUCGUCAACGUGUAUUGUUCUUUUUCAAUUGCUAGUAAUGAUGAUAAUAAAAAUAAUAUAGUAAUAAUAGUAUAGUAAUUCUUUCCUUUUCGUCCGCCGGUGGGAACAAGCCUUGUUCCGGGGUUGCCCGCCGUCCAACCGUUCCGGACCCGCCGUGCCGCACAAAGCACCGUGCCCUCACCCGCUGUUCGGGCCGUGCCACAACAGCAAAGCAUCGCCACGGUUUACCAAAACGACCAACCGGCCAGAACCGUGCCCGUCCAUGCCAGAACCACUGCCGCGACGGCCGUAUACCUAGCGGCAGCGGCAGACGGCGGCGGGGGACGGUAAAUCACCAUGCCACUGCGGUAGGGCAGAGCACCAGAAACAAGCAAUAGGCAGCAGGAACAUUUCACAGCGCAGCAAUCGAUCGCCGAACCAAUCGGUUGGAUGGUGGAAAAUAGGUUCGAAAAAAAGACGCGUGAGAGCCGAGCCGUGUCGCACCGCACCGCAAUCCCCUGGGGAGGUUUCUACAACGACCAGCACACCAGAGCCGUGCUCCACGCCCACAGCAUCGCCAAAUUGGUGGCACCGGCACCGACGCGAGUGGCCGACGACGCAAACGGGUCUUCCUCCAUAAUGGUGGGCCAGAAAAACUCGAGCAGAGGCUCCGUCGGAGCCAUCGAUGGCUCGUUCGUGGCUCCGUAGGGGCUCGGCCGUCCCGAGGGCCUCGCGGAGGGUUCCCCGGUGGGCACCGGCGUAAUGGUGGGCUGGGGGGUACGGGUGGGGCUCCCCGACGAGGACGCGGUCGGCGCCGGGGAUACCGUUGGACUCGGGCUGGGAGCCGGCGUCGGACUGAGCGUCACGUACCGGCUACAAACACUCUGGCUCGCGGCGACGCACGUGGGAUCAAAGUCUUCGAAUUGUUGCAUGUUCUCAAAGACCGAAGAAAACGGGCAAAGGCCUCCGCUGCUGUUCCGAACGUAAUUGAAUUCGUUUUGGAAGGAAUUCCCAAACACCACGACAUUGGAAGAGCCCACCAGGUUGUCCGAGAAACACGUUGUUGAUACGCCCACGGGACCCAGAGAUUCGACUAUGUAGCUGUGCGUGUCGGGCCUGGUGUUGUUCCAUAUCAUGUCGUUGUUUUCAAACAGACUGCUCGUGACGUUGAUUCGAUUUUGCCCACUGUUGCCGUAUAUCAGAGCACUCUGCGAGCCCCUUCCAAAAUAGCGAUUGUUCUAUUCAAAGUCAAAAGUUUCGGUGAGAGACGAAUACAUAAGAUAGCCUCGAUGCGCAGCAAACCAGUCUCCAAAACCGCCUGCCGGAAUACGAAAAUGACGAAAUCCCAGCUCGGGAGUGCAACGAGCUACAGCUCGACGCAAACGAAGAGCAGUCAUUCAACGACAAACAGCGAGGCCGAAACGCAACAUACGACGUACCCGGAAUUCGCAAUCCAAAAACGUCGUCACGAGUUCCGCCGAAGGGGCCGAGGCAUCGUAAAAGUCCAGCAUGAUGGGCGCGGAGGAAUUCGUAAAUUCUCGAAACUCGCAGUCCUGAAAGGUGACCGAUCCUGGCUUGUUGCCCCAGAACGAAUAUUCCCCGGCCCCGAUGAAGACGAGUCCCUCGAUGCGGACGUUUUCCAGCGAGUCGUCCGUGAUCCCCAAAAUUUUCGUCCCGUCCAGGUGCAGGUCUCCUCCCUUGACCCAGCAAACAUUCUCCCGCAGACCCUGGUCUCCGCACCGAAUGGUCAUGUUGGGCCGGAGGGGAAGCGGCGGCAUGACGGCCUUUCCCCCCGGAGGCUGGACCAGGUUGCCAUCGAAAUCGAGCUUCCCAAUCUCGUACACGUGGCGCGGGCAAAGAAUGUACAGGCGCGGAACGGAGGUGUCCGUCACGACGGCUUCCCGCUUGUAAAUCGCUUCGAAAUCGUCGAUGCAGGAUUGCCCGAGGGUCCCCAGUGGCAAGAGGAGGACCAGAAGGAUCGUCCAGAGAAAACCGCAACGGCGGUAUUGGCUCAGUGGCCUCUCGGAAGGCAAGCGACGCAUUGUCAAACCGACCAUUGGUGCACUGCGUCGAGAGGAUGAGCUGUAUUCAACCCCAGACCCAGAAUAUGCGCGGAAGUACUUCUUGCUCUUGCGUUCGUCGUUUGAUACGGAGGAACAACGACAACGACGACGACAAAUGCCCGGGCGCAAAAGUUGGUGGAACCCGAUGCCGAACAAACAAAAAAGGUCACGAUGGUGUUUCAGAGUUGCGUUGGUUUGGUUUGAUGGAAUGCGUUAUCUGUACCUUGCGGGUUGGUUCACCCAUCAAUAAAUGAUGAUCAGAAUAAUGACAACAAUUAUUGCUUUUUGGUGGGAGGAGAUCGCGUUGCGUGCCGUCGUGUAUCGCACCGUUACGUACAGUUCAUGGUCGACGAAAUAAACCGUCCAGCUACCAAGCGGAAGAACCACGUUCCACGAACCGCAAAAACCAUUCCCGAAUGUGAACUGUUGCGUAUCGUUUUGGCGCGCCGAUCAUUGUUUUCAUGUGUUUUGUAUGUGUGUGUUUUCGUACUGCUCAACGGCUUCUUUAAAAAAACCAAUUUGAAAACUAGCGCGUCCCCACGAAACUAUCCUGCGAGUACGGUAGAUACUCGUGUGUACGGUAACUGUCCUUACGUACUUAGUACGACUACGCACAUGUACAUGUAGUUCCCGGGUAUGAAUUUUUUCACUGCUCUGCUUGGUCGCAGACUGCCGAGUGAGCUCGUCCUCUCAUUCCCACUUCACUUUCGAAACAUUUUUGCACCGUAUCCUCGAGUUUUUCUUCUUGUUGUUCAUGCUCUUUCACAUGUUCGAACGCCAUACAAGCGAGAGAUGACAAACUGUUCUCGCUGUAUGACUCAAUUUUUAACCAUGAAAACACGAAAGGGAAACGUAUGCUGGCGUUCGUGUGAUUCAUUGAUUGAAGCAAUCGCCUGCAAGUGGGGAGAACCGUUUGUUCUUAGUCUUGUAGUAAGAGCAAAAACAGCAGGGGGACGACGUCGACGAGCACGAGCACCAGCAUCAGCACCAGCACCAGCACCAGAUGGUGGUGAUGAUGAGGAGAAGCAAGGAAGAAUGCUGGCGAUUGUAAUAUACUAGUAGUACUGCUACUGACAAAGAAAAAUCCUCCUCCAAAUUGCGAUUCACUUCGCAUUUGUUAUUACACCAAUCGUCCAAUUUCCUUCUUCUCGAGAAACAUUGCAAUUGCUUUGUUGUUGUUGUUGUUGUUGUUGUUGUUGUUGUUGUAAAAAAGAUUAAUAGGAGGAAGAUAUACUACUGGUAGUACUAGUAGUAGCAGUAGAUGCUUCAAAGUCAGUGCUUGGAGGUUUUGAUGACUCUUUCAUUUAAAUGCAGCACCAUUGAAAUUUUUGUUCCAUCAAGCCAAGAAGAAUUGAACAUGAGGAGGAUCCUUUUUGUUAGUGGUUUAAUACUAGAAUUUCUGGUAUGAUCCUUCUUGAAGAGUCAAAAUAACUUGUCAAUUUCACC